UAGUUUGUAUUUAUUUAUUUACAGGCCAGUUGCUGAAAGCUGCUGAGAUGAAGGAAGACACUAGCAUUCUUGUGCAUAUUCGAGACAAAGACUGUGUGUCUCUGGAGGUGCGAUACCACAAGUCCUGUUAUAGACAGUACACCAGGUUCUUGACAAAGUCUAGUGCAUCAGUUACUGGGACCUCAGAAGAACAAAAUGAACCAACCUUCGAUGCCAGCUACAAGAUCUUCUGUGAGAGAAUCAUCCGCCAUAGAAUAAUUGUAAACCAAGAGGUGUUGACAAUGACUCAGCUAAGAAGGAUCUUUUUAAAUCUGGUGAAAAAACAUGAAGAUCUUGAUGCUUCAAACUACAGGCAGGAUAAAUUGAAGAGGAGGUUGGCCCGUGAUUUCCCUCAGCUGGUGUUUCACUCCCCCAAGAAGCGCAACAUAAGUGAGAUGGUUUUCGUCGAGACAUUGUCUGCAGAUAAGCUGAUAGACAGGCUACCUCAUCCAUCAGGUACAGAAACAACAGAGUCAACUGAGGUAACUAGCCAAAGUGACUGUGAAAACAGGGUUAGUGCAAAAGCUGGACCACAAAGACCAACUUCAAUGGCCUCCAUCAAUACUGCAGAGGACACAAGGACACUUUACAGUGCGGCAUUAAUAUUAAAGAUGCUUCUGUGUGACUCUCCCGGUAUGAAAUGCCCGUGGCCACCCACAUCAGAUGACUUAAAUGUGAGCGAGGCAAAAUCUGUCGUGCCAAUUGAACUUUACAAUCUGAUUUCCUGGAUUAUUGGUGCAACUGAGGAACCAACACUGGCCCAUUAUGUUGAUAUUCCAGAUGAUUUGAACCUAAAAGUGAUAUCUAUCUGUCAAGACAUUGUGUAUCUUGCAUCUAAGGGCCGGAGGCAGACCCCUAAAUCAUUGUGUCUUGGUCUAACGGUGCGCCAUUUAACAGGUUCAUCACACAUUGUGUCACUUCUAAAUAGACUAGGACAUUGUGCAUCAUGGGACACAGUUGUCAGUCUAGACACUAGCCUUGCCCAACUUACACUAGUAGAGGGCAGAGAUAAAAUACCAAAGGGAUUCUCAAAGAAGGUUCCUACCGUACUUGUGUGGGACAAUAUUGACUUUGGGGAGGAGACACUGUCAGGUCGUGGAACUACCCACCACACAAAUGGGAUUAUGCUGCAAAGUUCUGUAGUUGAACCUGUGUCAACAACAAACAGACAACCUCUACAGAAGGGAGUUUCCUCAUUUAAAGCACCCCCUAGCAUCCCUGUAGAACCAUACCAUCAGUCUAAAAGACAAGGACCACAGAACUUGUUUCAUCAUGAAAGUGUUCCAUUACAGGCGGACACAUACAAAUUGAACACGGUGUCUGCUGUACAAGCUGAACUGGCAUAUGUUUUUGUAAAGUCCAUAGAUGCUGAAAAAUGCACAAUACCAAGCUGGACAGGUUUCCAUACAUUGCUUCAAGGUGAUGGCACUCUGCAAAAGUCAGCACUUUAUUAUCUUCCAGUCAUUGAGGCUUCACCGACAGAGAUGUCAACAGUGAACACAAUUCUGAAGCGAAGUGUCCAAAUUGCUAAUCAGCUAGAACUGGACCAUAUAGUGUUAGUUUUUGACCAAGCUAUAUAUGCCAAAGCUCAGCAAAUCCGCUGGAAAGAUGAUGACUUUACUCAGCGUAUUGUGAUUAGACUAGGUGAAUUUCACACAUGCAUGUCCUACCUGAGCAUUCUAGGAAAAAGGUUUGGAGAUGCAGGACUGCAAGACAUACUCAUUGAGUCCGAAGUUGUUGCCCCAGGAUCCAUCAAUGGAGUGAUCAGUGGUCAUCAUUACAACCGCAGCAUAAGGGCACACAAACUUCUGUAUGAGAGUCUGCAACGCAUCAGACUUCUCACCUUCUUAGAUUCUCUGCCACCAGAGGAGAGAUAUGAGUGUCUGGAUGUCAUCAAUGAGAUCAAAUGUGCAUUCCCGGACAGAACAAUGGAUGUUUUGUGUGCAAAUGAGAAAUUUGACAAAAUGUGUUCGAAAUAUGAAGACUUUGUUAAAAGAAGUAGUGCAGAAAACCCAACGUUUGCCUUCUGGAGUUCAUACAUCGACAUGGUACAGAUACUCCUUCUAUUUGUGAGAGCAACACGAGAAUCGGACUGGCAGCUUCACCUGUCAACAGUGCGCUUGAUGAUGCCAUGGUUUUUUGCGUACGAUCGUGUAAAUUAUGCUAGGUAUUUACCUUCAUACUGGCUGGAAAUGGUCAAUUUGCCUCUCACACAUCCUUCUUGCCACAGUGAGCUCAGUGUUAAAGGCCAGUCGACUGUCCAACGUCAAAGUGUCCAUGGAUUUGCCUCGAUUGCUUGUGACCAGGCCAUUGAGCAAACAUGCAACAGAGAUUCGAAGACAAAGGGUGGUUGGAUAGGGUUAACACAGAAUCGUGCUGCAGUAUAUCGCUGGAUAUUGUCGCAACAUGAAAGGGCUGCCAUAGCAAGACAAUGUGAGGCAAUGGCAGGUAAAUCUCCCGAUAUAAGGAAACGAAAAGACCUUGACAGCACACGAAUUCUUGCUGAUGAAAAGGCUGUGACCAGAAUAAUUUCCACCCUAGAUUCCAUGCUGAAUCCUUUUGACACGCACCAAGAUGGCAUUGUAUGUCUUAGCUCUGGGACAGUAGCAGCUGAAGAAAUCAUGAGGGAUUUGCUUGCAGCUCCGGAAAAGGGGGAAAAGGCUGUCAAAGAGUUUAUGGACCAAAGACUGUUUUCACCAUCAGUUGACAUAUUUGCUCCCAUCAAAACACAAAAACUGAAGACCUUUAGUGACCAAGCCAAGACAAAGAAGAAAUCUGCAGCAGGCAAGGAAGUGAUUCUGCGUGCCGACAAGAAACUAUUCUCCAGAUUACUUGUCAUAGGUCAAAGUAGAAAAAUAGACCUGCGGGAAAUUCUGUCUUACUCCUUGGGAACUGUGUCAUAUCCUUUAGCCAGUGCUGAUGGUUCACUUGCUAAAACAAACAAAUCAGCUCUUAUGGAUUUAUUGGAAACCAAAGGUGGAGACUGUUUAGUUGACGAAGUUCCGACAGAUGGAGCUAUUCUCUUCGAUGGCAUGGCAGUCAUUCAAGCCAUUCGGUCCAUACCAAGUACCUUUGGAGAGCUUGCAGACACCAUACUGCAGUACAUAGUCAAGCUUGCUCUGAAACACAACUGUACACGGAUAGACUUUGUGAUUGACCAGUAUCCGAAAAUGAGUAUUAAAAACCUAGAACGGUCACGUAGAGCUGGUGGUGGUACACAACUGGUGAAAAUUUAUGGACGGGAUCAGAAGACACCAACACAAUGGAAAAAGUUUCUAUCAGAUGGAACAAACAAAGAAGCACUGGCAGAAUUCCUCUAUGUUGUGUGGCGAGAGGCUGAUCUUACCACUGUGGGCAAGGACUUAAGCUUGUACAUAGCACAUGGAGACCUGUGUCACUGCGUGACUGUAAUGGAGGGUUUACAAACUCUCAGUGCUGUUGACGAUCUGACAUGUGAUCAUGAGGAAUGUGACACCAGGGUGUUUUUACAUGCACAACAUGCAGCACAGGAACAUCAAACUGUAGUCAUCAAGAGCCCUGAUACUGAUGUCGCAGUGAUUGCUUUAAGUCUGCAGCCAGAUUUACCAUGUAGGUUGUAUUUUUUCACGGGGGUUGGCAACAAAACAAGGCUCAUUGACUUAGCUAAGGUGUCGUCAGCUCUUGGCACAAGUGUCUGUUUGGCACUUAUUGGGAUCCAUACCUUCUCAGGUUGUGACUCUACAAGUGCCUUUUAUGGCAAAGGCAAAAGAAAGGCAUUUUCUGUUGCUUGUGAGAAAGAGGAAUAUCUGACUGCAUUUACAAAUCUGGGUAGCAGUUUUAACCUAGACCAGUCUACCUUUGAGCUACUUUGCACAUAUGUGUGCCACCUGUAUGGCCAGUCAUCUGCCGAAAAUGUGAACGAUGCAAGGUACAAAGCAUUCUGCAUGGCGUCGUCAGCUUUGCCAGAACUAUCCAUGCCCCCAACAAGUGACGCACUGUACCAACACUGCAAAAGGGCAAACUACCAAGCAGCCAUAAUGAGACAUUCUCUGAAAGGUAUAAUGUGUGCCCCUUCACCCGUUGGCAAUGGAUGGCACCUCGAGGAUGGUGAGUUAACAGUGACCUGGAUGACUAGAAAUCCUGCCCCUGAAAGUGUGUUGCAGGCGGUCCACUGCAGUUGCAAGCAUAGCAAAUGUGAGACUGGAAGAUGUUCCUGUAUGUCUGCAAGACUGUCUUGUACUGAUUUAUGUCGGUGCCAAAAUUGUGCAAAUGUUUCACAGGAAAAAGAAGAAAGACCGACAUGGGAUGACGCCUCUGAUAGUGAUAGGGAUGAUACCGAUGAGUAAAUAUCCGCUGUGUUAUAAUUUAAGGUGAUUUUGAGCUGUAAAAAAUCUGUUGUAGAAUUGUA